CCAACCAUUAAAUGCUCUCUUUCUCUUUCUUUUCUCAUUUAAAUAAAACCCAUGUAAAGCUGGCGGGUAAUGUUGUUUUUGGUUGGCGAAAGUUCACAUGCCUCUCACCUUGCAUCAUUCAUUCAUUCAAAAAACUAAAAAAUUUUAAAAAUAAUUGAAUAAAGUCACUACCAAAAAAGUGGAACACCAACGAGAAGAAGAGGAACCAAGAACCACUUUGAAAAAAAGGUGGGAAAGACGUCUUUGAUGAAUCGAUACGUAUAUAAUAAGUUCAGUGAACAGUAUAAGCCUACAAUUGGUGCUGAUUUCAUCACAAAAGAACUUCUGAUUGACGACAAAUUGGUGACUUUGCAAAUUUGGGACACAGCAGGGCAAGAAAGGUUCCAAAGUCUUGGCUCUGCAUUUUAUAGAGGGGCUGAUUGCUGCAUUCUUGUAUAUGAUAUAAAUGUUCAUAGAUCAUUUGAAACACUCCAGCACUGGCAUGAUGAGUUUCUCAAACAGGCAGAUCCGACUGACCCUGAUAUAUUUCCUUUUGUAUUACUGGGAAACAAGAUUGACAUAGAUGGUGGUAGCAGCCGAAUGGUUUCAGAUAAAAAAGCUAGGGAAUGGUGUGCUUCUAGGGGGAAUAUACCUUACUUUGAGACCUCAGCAAAAGAGGACCACAAUGUUGAUGAAGCAUUUCUUGCUGCGGCAAAAACUGCACUAACCAAUGAACGGGAACAGGUCAACAUUUACUUCCAGGGUAUCUCAGAAACUGUUUCAGAAGUAGAGCCAAGAGGAGGCUGUGCAUGCUAAGUUUACUGACCAAUAAUCUGACCUGCCUAUUUCAACCUUUUCUUUGUAAAUUUGUAUAAUUCUUUCAUUCUUUUUGAGGGGUGGAAGGACGUGUGUGGUCGUUCACACGUAAAGUAGCUUUUUAAUGUAUAAUGUUAAGCUGUUUUGUUACUUGAAAGCUAUGUGGUCCACUGUGAGAAAGAACUUGCAGAAUCCAAACUGUUAACAUGAAAUUUGUAUUGGCUUGUCC